CAGCAAAUGUAAUGUGAUGUAACUCAAGUGUAUUUAGGCAGUCGAGACGCUAAAGAUGUUUGAGAAGAAGGACAGUCGGGUAAAAAGUGCUGCUGCCACUAAUCUUUCUUUUCUUUACUUUUUGGAAAAGGAUUAUGACCAGGCUGACCGCUAUGCUGAACUUGCCAUGAGUGCCGACCGCUACAACCCUGCUGCCCUCGUUAACAAAGGCAACACAGAAUUUGUGAAGGAGGACUAUGAGAAAGCAGCAGAGUUUUAUAAGGAGGCUCUUCAUAAUGACUCGUCCUGCACUGAAGCUCUUUAUAACUUAGGUCAGCCAUCACAAACUUGA